AUGGGUUUUACAGAUGAUGGUGAAGCUCAUAACGAUAUUUUAUUAAUUGACGAGAAUAAUAUAAAUGAAAUUAUAAAUAAAAAACUCCAUUAUUGGGAAGAGGAGUUUAGUAUUAUAAAGAUGGAAUCACACGACCAAAUUAAACAAAUUUCAAAUUCAUCCUCAUCAUUACACGAAUUAAAUUUUCAAACCAAUGAUAUAAAUUGUGACUUACCUGAAGAGGUUUUCAAAAAUUGGUAUCAAUUUGCAAUAUCUUAUGUAGAGUCAUUAAAUUCAAAUACUGUUACAAAUGAUAUGGAACUAGAAAUUAUAUUAUCAAUUAAAGUUGUUUUAAAUUUUAUGAUAGAUAAAGAAAUAUUAUUAAAUUCAAGUAAAUAUGACGAUGGUGUUUUUAGAAAAUAUUUAGAGCAGUUUAGAAAGGUUUUAACAAUUUUAUUAAGCAAACCCAAGUUUACAAUGUUAUUUGUUUCAAGAUUUGAACAAGGACCAUCAACAAAUUUUAUUAAAGAUCAAAUAAAAAACUCAUUACAAAUCUUAAUAAAUUCAAUUCAAAGGGCAUCAACAUUAUCAAAGAAAAUGGAAAUUUUAAACUCAAUUCAAUCUAUCGUUGAUAUUGGUAACAAAUUAACAGCAAUUAAUUUAUGUAUAGACUUUUAUUUCAACUCUAUAAACAUAAUUCAACCAUUAAUAUUAUUUGCAAAUUCAUUAGACCAUGGUGAAGUUUUAAGAAAUUUAUCAAUAAAAAUUUUAUCAAAUUUACCAAAAGAUCAAUAUAAAUCUGAUAUUUUAAAACAACUUUCAUUAGUUUCAACAGAUUCAUUAACAUUAAAUUAUUUUUGGUCAAAUGAUGGUAUUUUUGACAAAGAAUCAAUUUCAAUUUUACAAAAUAGAAUACCACCAUCAUCAAAAGAAUUUGGAGAUAAAGUAUUGUUAUCAAUAAAAACAGCAAUCGAUACAAAUUAUAUAGAUAUAUUAAGCAAAAAGAAUAACGAAGAAACAAUAGAAAAAAUUUUAAAGAUUAUUUUCGAUUUCAUUGAUAUUUAUUCAAUUAAAAUAUCAUUGCAAGAUAAAUUAAAGGCAUAUUCAACAGAUGACUACCAAUCACCAUAUGAAGUUUUAGAUGUUUUUGAAAGUUUAAUGGGUCAAUUACCAAACAACAGAAAUAUAAUUAAAAAGUUAUUUAGCUCUUUAGGCCCAAUUGAGGGCUCAUUAAAUUGUAUAUUAAACUCUAGCAAAAAAUUUACCAAAGAAACAUGGAGCAGCGAAUUAUUGCCAAUUCUCAGGGAUCAAAUCGACCUAAUGAAGUUCCAAGGUGUCUCAGGUAUUCAAAGAGAACAAACUGUUGUAGAUUGUGUAAGAGAAUGUGCUCGUUUAUUUUAUUUAGAUAACCCUAAAUCACUUACAAGCGAAAAUACUGAUAUCGAUCAAUUUACAAAUAUUUUAUUUUUCACAAUUAUCGAAGCAAUUAGACAUGGCUACAACUUGCAGAUCCUUUGUUCAAUUAUUAUUUUAAAUCAUCUCCCAAGCUCCAUUGGCUGGUUCUCCCAAAUUGUAAAUGGUUCAAUUUGUUAUAAUUUAAAGACUUCAAGAUUCAUUUUCGAUAUAUUUUUACAGUUACUGGGCUUUACUGAAGUCGAAGAAAGUCAAACUAUACAGUCAUUAAAAGUUGAUCAUAUGCAACCUAUUUUUCAUCAGCUAGUCUCCCUACCAAAUCCAGUUGCCUUUGCUCUAAUUUCAACAUGCCUAAAAUUCAAACAAGCAAAGCAAUUCCUUAUCGAUAAUCCAUUGUUGGUAAAUACUUUAAUUCAAAGCAUUCGUGUAUUUAUAACAGAGUUAAAUAGUAACAAUGUAGCAUCCUUGGAUAGAGAUCAUGCAGAGUCUAUAACCGAGUUAAUUAAAAAUCUUUUCCCAAUCGUUCAUCCUGGUGAUUCAAAUUUCCUCUUUAGUAUAUCACUAAAAGUACUAUUAUUGGUUCCAAAAGGCAUGCCAUCUUCUUAUGGUGAUGAAGAGCUUAGUAAACUUAUCAAUCGUAUACCUUUAAAUGUUCCUUUAUCAUUAUCAGAUGUAGAACUCGGAUUAGAGAUUUUAGGUACAGAAUCAAAAUCAGCGUUAUGCAAUUUUUCACCAAAUUAUUGCAUACUAGAUAAAAAUGAAGCCGUAAGGUCAUCAGCAUUACAGGUUUUAUCAAGGAGACCAGAUUUAGUUAAAGAUAAUAUACCUCAAAUCAUUAAUUCAAUUAAAACUUCAAAUAAUUCAAUCUAUGAAAUGGAACUUUUAUUAUCAGCUUCGCCAAUAAUGCCAAUUAUAUUCGAUAUAGAUAGGUCCUAUACUCUAGAAUGUUUAGAUAUCCUCUACAAAACAAUUAAACAAUCAGCUCUUCGAGAUUCAAUGAAUCACCCAAAUGUUAUUGCAAUUCAAAAUACUGAAUAUAUUAUUAAUAGAAUUACUCAAGAUGACAUUAUAAAAUAUAUUGGCAAAUCAUCACUUUUAAUUUCAAUACUUUUAAAAUUAAAAAAAUUUUCAACCUCAAUAAGAUUGGUUUAUAAAGAUUUAAGAAAAAAAGGCUAUAUUAAUGAUAGAUUAAAAGAAAAUUCAAUCAAUUAUUAA